UUUUCGUUAGUGUGAAAAUACUGAACUUUCCCUUUUCUCUAGAGAAAGCUAUAUCUAGAAAAAGCUUUCUAUCCUUCCUUUUACCAAAAUAAUGGAUAUGAAGAAUUUUCCAAUAUUGCUACUCCAAGUUAAAUAUAUAAUAAUUCGUAUAUAUUAUGUAUCUUCAACUUAAAAAACAAGAAGCUCUCUUCUUGAGUUGUGCAUAGAAGAAACUGUUGUGCCAGCUGAAGAAGAAAACAAGAUACAAGUUUUGUUUCUCAGUUGACAGGGUUGAAUAUAUAUAUGGAGUGUAUGAAAAGGAGGAAAGUGACAAUAUCCUUACUACUAGUUACCAUUCUGAUUGCCUUGAACAUCACUAGUCUUGAUGGAGGACUAAUUCGACCAGAAAGAAAAUUGGUUGAAAUAGGAAAAGAGUCAGGAUCCACGCCGCAAUCGGAUGACACUGUGCGAAUUGAUCCUUUGAAGAAUUUUAAGAAAUAUAGAGGAGGAUAUGACAUUACAGAUAAACACUAUUGGGGUUCCACUAUCUUUACAGGUAUAUAUGGUUAUGCCAUUGCUGUGGUAUGGCUCUUGUGUGGCUUAGGAUAUGGACUAUUUCUUCUUGCUUCAACAUUUUGCUGCAAAAGAAACCACAGAAAGCUCAAAAAGAGAUCAACUUGUCAUUAUAAACAUGAUGGCUGCUAUCUCUGGCUUAUUAUCUCAGCCAUUUUCUUGACAAUUUUGGCAAUAACUGCAACAGGGCUGGUCCUAGGGGGUAAUGCAAAGUUUCAUUCAAGAACAAAUAAAGUAGUAGAUAUAAUAAUUGAUACAGCAGAUGGGGCAUCGGAGACAAUUUACACAACAACUGAAGCCAUGAGAGAAAUGAACAGUGGAUUAGAAGGAACUGAUAUUGGUCAAGAAGCUUCUAAUUUCUUGAUUCCUACUUCUACAAGUCUUAAUAGUCAAGCUGAUGACAUACAUAGAGAAGCAAGAAAAAAUAGACGAUUAAUUGACAAACUCCUUAAGAUAGUGUACAUAGUGACUACUGUGGUUAUUUCUCUGAACUUGGUUGCACUAAUUGCCCUAUCAGCAUUUGGGAUACUCAAAUUUAGAAGAACCCUUAAAUUGCUCAUUGCAUUAUGCUGGAUUUUUACAACCCUGUGUUGGUUUCUUUUUGGAAUUUUUUACUUCUUAGACAACUUUGCUGGAGAUACAUGCACUGCACUAGAAAGUUUCCAAUCAGAUCCUUAUAACAGCAGCUUGAGUUCAAUUCUUCCCUGUGAUGAAUUGCUUUCAACAGAAUCAGUCCUUCAUGAUGUCAGUCAAGGGGUAUAUCAAAUAGUCAAUGAGGUGAAUGAGAGGUUAUCAACAGAAUAUGGAAAUGUUGCACAAAUCUGUAAUCCUUUCUCAGGUCCACCAGAAUAUAACUAUGAGCCAGGGAACUGUUCAUCUACUUCAAUUCGCGUUGGAGACAUCCCUCGGAUAUUCAAGAUGUUGACUUGCACUGAUCCAAACUGCAAAGGAGGAGUCAUGAUUUCCCCUAGAGAUUUCAACACAGUGGAGGCAUACACAACUGCAGUCCAGAAAAUCCUCGAUGUGUACCCUGGAAUGGAGAAUCUAACUCAAUGUGACACGGUAUUUAAUGCAUUCAACGAUAUCAUUGACAAACAUUGCAAACCAUUGGAGAAAAGCGCGCAUUUGGUAUGGGGAGGACUUGUUUUCCUCUCAGUAGUAAUGGUAGUGUUAGUCCUCGUGUGGUCUUUCGAAGCACACCACGAAGAGAAUCAUAACAACUUAAAUAGUUCUGUCAAGCCUCAUUCUGCAGAAGCAGAUAGGCUGGAAUUAGGUGCAGGGAAAGAAGCCAACACUGGCUCAAAUUCUGUUUGUCAUGUAAACAUAUCUGAUUAGGUACUGCAUAGAUAGGAAAGUUCAUAGGCAUUUUGAAAGAAUUAUGAGAUAUCAAAUGGUGACCAAUAGAACUCUGGAGAAGAAGCAAGAUUCAACGCUCCUCCAGACAAUGGAGCCAUCAUGGUCGUGAGGUUAGAGAGCACCCAACACAAAGCGGCCUUUCAUCUUUUAUUUUGUCGUGGCACAACCCUGCAUCUUCAUUUCAGGGGACCAAUACAUGCCCUUUUCCCUCUUUGUGGAGGAAAAUGUAGUAGAAUUAUAGGACCGUAUAUUUUUUUUAGUUCUGUUUAUUGUUUUCCUAAAAAUAUACUGUAUAGAAAAUUCUUGUUUCAGAAAGUUAAAGAAGCCAGCUACGGGGACAAACCCCUCAGUGGCAUGUAUGGAAUUCACAAAACAAGAAAAAGUAUUCAUUUUUAUACCAUCUUUUCCAUAACUGUA